GGAAAUUACCUCCGGGUGGAACCCGGAAGAGGAGAAGGGGGACGCUGCGCCGGGUCUUCGGUGUGGCUGUCAAUAGUUGGUGUUUCGGCUGUCUUUGCGCGGCUCGAUGCAUCCGCGACGCCCAGAAGGCUUCGACGGCCUGGGCUACCGGGGCGGCCGGGAGGAGCAAGGGGCCUUCGGGGCCAAGCCGGACCUCGGCCACUGGGUCAGCACCCCGCCUGACAUCCCCGGGAGCCGCAACCUACACUGGGGGGAGAAAACUCCCCAGACCCCGCUGGCGGCGGCCGGGCUCAAUGAAGACCCUUAUCCCGGAGGCGCCGUCGCCACUUCUGAACAAUUGAAUAGGUUUGCAGGCUUUGGUAUUGGUCUGGCAAGCUUGUUUACAGAAAAUGUGCUGGCUCAUCCUUGUAUUGUUUUACGUCGGCAGUGCCAGGUUAAUUAUCAUGCCAGGAAUUAUCAUCUCACUCCAUUUACUAUUAUCAACAUAAUGUAUAGCAUCAAUAAAGCCCAGGGCCCCAGAGCUCUUUGGAAAGGAAUGGGAAGCACUUUUAUUGUUCAGGGCAUAACCCUUGGAGCAGAAGGGAUCAUCAGCGAAUUCACACCCUUGCCAAGAGAGCUUUCAUAUAAGUGGAGUCUCCGACAAAUAGGAGGACAUCUUUUGCUGAAAGGGGUGACUUGUGUGAUAGCCAUGCCUUUUUAUUCUGCAAGCCUGAUUGAAACCGUGCAAAGUGAAAUCAUUCGGGAUAAUCCUGGGAUUUUGGAUUGCCUAAAAGAGGGUAUAGGCCGAGCCAUGGGUUUUGGAAUACCCCAUAGCAAGCGGCUACUCCCUCUUCUGGCACUGACCUUUCCUACUGUUCUACAUGGAGUUAUUCAUUACAUCAUUAGUUCCAUUGUCCAGAAAAUAGUUCUCAUGCUUCUGAAAAAGGAAAAUUCUUCCAAUCUUGCCACAGAGGGCAACAGCUCUGUGCAAAGCAUGCUGGAUGCUUAUUUUCCAGAACUUAUUGCUAGCUUUGCUGCCAGCCUUUGUGCUGAUGUCAUGGUGUACCCACUGGAGACAGUCUUACACCGCCUUCAUAUUCAAGGGACCCGCACCAUCAUUGACAAUACAGACCUUGGGUACGAAGUUCUCCCCAUCAAUACGCAGUAUGAAGGAAUGAGAGACUGUAUCAAUACAAUAAAGCGUGAAGAAGGAAUAUUGGGAUUUUACAAAGGGUUUGGGGCUGUGGUUGUACAAUAUACAUUACAUGUAGCUUUGUUACAGCUCACUAAAAUUAUUUAUUCCACACUGCUCCAGAAUGUUUCUUAAGGGUUAAUAGAUAUACUUCUUGAGAAUCCAGUUUAUAAGCGAUAUGAAAUCUGAAGGAUUAGAAUUCACAGUGAUGGUUUUCUUACCAUGUAGGAUAUUCCUUUGUAAAUAAACACGAGUUCCCCUAUGUCCUUUACACAUUACUUGAUCAGAGGAAAAUGAGAGAUGGCUUUUAAAAUGUUGACAUGUCUGAUGGGAAAAUAUUUUAAAAUAUUAUUGUGAAGAAGGUAUGAUUUUCAGACAGUUAUUGAUAUAGCUUCAAAUAAACCUACUAGCUGUUUUUUCCCAAACUCCAUUUGAAAUGAAUGGGACUUAUGCUAAAGGAAGUUGUACUUUCCCAAAAAGCCUUAUCUGAGGGAGCUGCACAAUGAAUUGGUUCUUAGUUUCUGCCUAUGGCUUUAAAUGAUAACUAUUUUGACUGUGAUUGGAUAAUGUCAAAAAUUGAGUAGAAUGAUUUUAUUUUAUUCUAUAUUCACAUUUAUACCCCACCCUUCCCAACUGGGCUCAAAAUUUUCUUGGUUCUUCCCUUUUUUCCCCAUUUAGCUGCUGUACAAAAGGAUUAAAGUCCCAGUAUUUUUUUAAAAAACAUUGUUAUGGUCAAGAACAUCAGUAUUGGAUUUCCAUUGGUUUAAUAGCAUGAUAACAAUUUCUCCACAUUUUUCUGAAGAACACCAGAUGAUUUUUUAAAAAACUGAAUGUCAUUUUUUUCUGAAGGGAAAUGUCUAUAAUUAAGCUUAGUAAGAAGACAAUGAUAAGAAUCUUAGGUACAGAUGCUUUUCCAAGUUUUUUUUUUAGAAUGGGGACAUUAACAGAAGCACAAUGCUUAAAUGGAAUGAGUAAAGUUGUAAAAGUCAUAAUGAGUAAAAAAUUGAGCUAUCAGUCUUUUAGAAUACUUAGCAGAAAGUUAUGUUGAACUCUAAUGGACUUGCUCUCAAGUUAGUGUCCUAAAAUGGCUGUAUUCUCCCAAGAAAUAUUCUAUGGUCUGUGUAUAUUUAUGAUCAUAGCCCUUUCAUUAGAGUUCAUUUCCCAAUUUCACUCAGAUAUAAUAGGACUCACUAGCCUCUGAUGUGGCUGAUUAUUUUAUAACUACCAUGAAAUUCCUCUGAAAGACAAGACUGAAUUUGGCGGUAUCCUGUAUUUUUUUCUAUUUGUGGUUUUAACCAUUUACCUCCUUUAUUGUUUUUCUGGAGUGGAUAGACUAUACAGCAGAACUCUGCUGCCUGUCAUUUUAAUACAAAAAACUGAACUCUAUUGCCUUUCUAGAAAACAAGGAUUAGACUUUGUAAGUAUUAAUUCUGAUCAUUAAGUGUCCCGUUUUGCUUCUGUGUCAAUGCUUGAUCUAAUGGAGGUAUUUAGAAAGAUGUGUUUACAAUACAUUAGCAUGCUAAAAAAACCUUUGGGAAGUUCCUGUCUUCCUUGUAAAUUAACAUGUGACAUAGUGUAUCUGUGUGAAUCCAGUAAAUUAAUGCACAAAUUCAGACUUUGUGUACAGAAGGUUUUGUUUAUGAAUAGCUGUAAACAAAGUCAUUGACCAGUUUUGUCGCAAAUGUGUGCCUGAGUCGCAUUAAAGAACAAUUGCUUUGCUUAUA